AUGACCAUAAAUAUUACAGAGUCGUUGAACGUUAUAUUGAUUAAUGAAAGGGAGUACCCCGUGGCAUCCAUAUUCAAUUCGAUUGCCAAGAGGUUUGGUGAAAUAUUCAGGGAGAGGCGUGCCUAUGUCCUCAAAUGUAAGGAUAACAAAUUCGUUCCUGCCGCCAAAAAGAUCUUACGAAACAAUAUGAGCGAGGGCGACUCCUUCUAUGUGGAGAACAUAAGUGGGGACAAAAGACAAUACAUUGUGUUUGAAAGUGGCUGUACGACCAAAGUCGACCUACUAGAAAGGUCGUGUUCUUGUAGAAAGUUUGACCUGGUCAAAAUACCAUGCGAUCACGUGAUGGCCGCUUUGCGAUCAAAGCACGGUGAAGAUUAUGGUUUGAGAGUCUAUGAUUACUCUUCGUCCCUGUAUAAAGUGGAAGAGUACCUCCUUGCAUAUUCGAAAUCAAUUAAUGUUGUCCCUUUGGAGUCUGAAUGGUGCGUGCCACAAGAACUGUUAGACGUGAAUAUUAUUCCACCUCUCGUGGUCACCAAGCUCAGAAGAAAGAAAAUAAAAUGCGUUAAGGGCGUGGGGGAGACUUUCAAGUCAAAGAGGAGGAAUUAG